AUGAGGAUCUCCAAUGCUUUAACACAGGCUACAUGCCUUCUUUUGUCGCUGGGUAUUGCCACUGAGGCGAGAUCUGUCAGUCCAGUUGCAAAAGGCUACUCGCGGAGUGAGAAGUGCAAGCCGCAUGCACCAUUCAAGCCUCUUCCUCCAAGUCAGGCGCGGACCAAGACGUGUCACGUAGCUACGUAUGGAAAUGGACGCGAUGACUCCAAGCACAUUCUUUCCGCCAUUGAAAAGUGCAACAAUGGUGGAAAGGUUGUCUUCGACGCCGACAAGCUCUACACAAUUGGUACAGCAUUGGAUCUGACCUUCCUCAAGCAUGUGGAUCUUGAUAUUCAGGGUUAUGUCCAGUUUACCAACGACACAGAUUACUGGCAGGCAAAUGCUUUCAAGCAGGUCUAUCAGAAUGCCACAACAUUUUUCGAACUGGGUGGCGAAGACGUCAAUGUCUAUGGUGGAGGUACGCUUGACGGAAAUGGUCAGGUGUGGUACGACUUAUAUGCCGAGGAUGCUUUGAUUCUGCGCCCUGUCUUGGUGGGAGUUAUUGGACUUAAUGGUGGUACCAUUGGUCCUUUGAACCUUCGCUAUUCCCCCCAAUGGUACCAUUUUGUUGCCAACUCUACCAAUAUUGUCUUUGACGGGAUCGAUAUCUCGGGAUACAGCAAGGACAACGUUACUGCCAAGAACACUGAUGGAUGGGAUGUCUACCGCUCAUCUAACAUUGUCAUCCAGAAUUCUGUUAUCAACAACGGUGAUGACUGCGUCUCUUUCAAGCCCAACACUACGGAUAUCAUUGUCCAGAAUCUUCACUGCAAUGGCUCUCACGGUAUCUCUGUUGGUUCUCUGGGACAGUACGAGGGCGAAGUCGACAUUGUUGAGAAUGUGCUCGUGUAUAACAUUUCGAUGUUCAAUGCAUCUGACGGCGCACGCAUCAAAGUCUGGCCUGGCGUUUCUUCGGAGCUCUCCACUGACUUACAGGGCGGCGGUGGUUCGGGCAUCGUGAAAAACAUCACUUAUGACACCAUGUACAUUGACAAUGUCGACUAUGCUAUCGAAGUCACCCAGUGCUACGGACAGAGCAACCUGACUCUUUGCAAUGAGUACCCGAGUAGCCUCACCAUCUCCGACGUUUACUUCAACAAUAUUCAUGGUACGACCUCAGGCGAAUACGACCCUGACGUUGGCACCAUCGUUUGCUCAAGCCCAUCUGUUUGUUCGAAUAUCCAUGCAACCAAUAUUGAUGUCACCAAUCCAGAUGGACUUUACGCCAAUGAGUUUGUUUGCACAAAUGUCAACACCACCUUGCUGGAUGUCAAUUGCAUUUCUAGUUAA